CUCCAUCAUCCAUGCCUAGGCUUUCAUAUGCCACUUCAUUGCUGCACUGGACAUGGCCAGCCAUCACCUCCAUCUCCAAUCCUGCCCAUCUGGGCGUCCGGUCAAUCCUCAUGCUCAUCACCCCAGCUGAUGGUGGUAUCACUCCCCGACAGCUGUCCCGCUUUCCUGUGCUCCUGAUGCCGUUCUCUCGACUCCGUUCUCUGCUUUCUCUCCUCCCCCUUUCCCUUCCACUGACUGCCUUCUUCUGUCUUUUCUCUACAACGCACGUUCUGCUGUCUUCGCAAUCUAUACUAUACCUCUGGUCGGCCUGUUUCCUCCCACUUGACACUCCGGAGUGCAUACACCGCGUCCCUGUGCUCCGUUUACCGACGGGUAUCCCGGACUUCCUGUUUCGGCCUUUCCGUUUGGUUCCUGGCGGAGUUGCUCUGAUAAUCCCAGAAUCUAGAUCGUCCUGAUCUUUUUAACUGUUCUUGUUGUUAUUUUUAUUUUUAUUUAUUUAAGUUGUACCCCUACGAUUAUGAUAUUAGUCCUCCCGCAGUAGCUGUGCUUGGCUUUAAUCCAUGGUCAUUGUUCAUCCCUCUGGACCUCCGGCGGACUCAUUUUCACUCCUUGCAGCCAUAACACCUCUCUCCCUUUCUUAAAUAUAUCUAUCUUUUUGCCUGAGAACUGAAGUACCUCUCUAAUUCUCUAUACCUCCCGCUUCCUCUCUUGCCCUUUUCUCGGGUCGACCUGAAAUUAGACAUCACACCCUGUUAGGGUUUCUUGCUCUUUAUUGUUCUUAGUCUGCCGUGUCCCCUCUCUUUGUCUUGCUGCUUUAGCUACUUAAUUUUUGCUGACCUUCACUGUUGGUAUUAUGCCUGAAGGAGAGCUAUGGUCUACUCUGGUUACUGCUAUCGAUCCUUGGAAUAUUAAAGCCAUGCCGGCCGUUCUGCAGUCCACUAUCAACCUUCUCGAGACGGAGCUAGCCAAGGCCAGGGCUGCUCUGCAGGAGAUCCAGCCCCAUACCGGCCCCUCUAUGAUGCUAGGCGACGAAGUCACCGUUGGUGCUAUGGCUGCUUACCGGAGGAAUCUCAUCGGACGCGCUCCCGAUUUCUACUAUGGAUCUCAUCGCCUGACACACAAGGACCUGGGGCUUACCUCGCCGGUAGGCGACGCCUCUCCUCACGAUACGCACGCCUGGUUCAAUUCCCCGCAGUGUACGCUGCCUAGACGUACCAACCUCCUCGAUAUCUUUUCUAACAGCCUAAUCCUCGACCAUAUGGCGCCUUACCUUUCAACAUCGUCUCUCCUUGCACUGGCAUCUACGUCGAGGUUUCUCUAUUUCAUGAUCAUGAAAACUCCCUAUGUCUUCAGGCAUCUCGAUCUGAGCCGCUGCCGUGGAGCUCAAGUGCCCACUGGCCCUGGGGGCUACGGGUUUGACAACGUGCAGCUAGAUGACUCUCUAACGGAGGACGAAUUCUACUCUGCCCACCUGAAAGCCGUAUUCGCCAGCUUGGAACGGCGAUCAAUCUUGCAAGAUGUGCGUACUCUCAUCUUGGAUGGCCUUUCAGUACCCGCAGACCUGGUGUCAGAGAUCGUUCUGACGGACCGCUUCAAUGUCAACAUCCUAUCUAUCAGGGAGUGCCAGCACUUGAACGAGAGAAAACUCAUGCAGGUUCUGCAGCAUGCUGUUCGACCUACCCGUCCUGAGGGAAUGCCGCGGGUGAAGGGAAUCUAUCUCUUCACGCCCAAGAACUCUUUCCCUAUUCCGGGCCUUAGUAGGUAUCGAGACUGGUGGAGCUCUCGGCUUGAAAGCUCAAGAGACGCUGGCAGAAUGUUACCAAGCAGUAUUUUCGAGGAACUCAGUACCAGUCCUUCGCAGUUACAGCAGCAUGAGUGGUAUAGGCCAUCUGGCAGACUCCUCAAAAGAACUUUCGAAGAUGGGUGGGCACAGACUCUUCAAAAGUGCCAAGGGAUCAUUUCUUUUGAUGCCGUACUGUGUCGGGGCCCGCGACACAAUAUGAAUUUCUUUUCCUCUGAGAACGAGGAUGGAUCUCGACCAGAAGGUAGAUUCCUGGGCCCAGCAAUUGCAACGGUUGCUCUCGGACCCAGAGGCUGUGACGGCUGUCAUAGCUCACCAGAAGGACCAGCUAUCUGGGGACAGUCUGCAGACGAUCAUUUUCCUUUGCUCACUCCGCUGCCUUUGCAUUCUUCAACAAUCGCCACUGCAAAAUGCCCGGCAUUGUUUCCAGACGAAUGUCCCGUCUUGAUAGCACGUUGCACGGAAUGUUUGACUGACAGAUGGUGUCACCGAUGCAACAAAUGGUUCUGUUCCAGCUGCUUGCCACAUCCCGAAAGAAUUAGACCGAGCUUGUCUCCCCACCAAACCGCUGUCCGCGCAGCACCAAGCAGCCGGAAUGGCGAUGCGGGCUCAUCACAGGAACGAAAGACACUUGGGUUUGGCGUUAGUAAAGAUUGCUGGGAGUGUGGGCCAACUUGUGCUACCUGCAAGUUCGACUGUCAGCGUAUUUGCCACGGCUGCCAGGGAGAUUAUUGCAUUGAGCACAAUGAUGGCUGCUCUGCAACGAUGUGUGACUGGUGCAACACUUCCUCACGCCGUCGAACAAGAGAGCUUUAGACCUUCAUUUGUCUCAGUAGGUAUCCUGACUGUAUGCAUAGUGUUAUAUCCUUUCGCAGGCAUUGAAGAUGCACCCUUCGCGUCUUCCACCCAACUGCAGAUUAUGAAUUUUCUUUUGGAUUUCGGUGGUCGUGCUUAUCCCUACUUCAUAGUUUGUUCCCCUUCAGCGAGCAGUUUGGAGACAAAUGAUGGUGUUGGCCGGUUCUGGAUUUACGAUGAUAUUUUAAUACCUGUCCAGUGAAGUAGCCGGGUCUCUUGCUCAACGAUGGAACAAUAGCAUUUCCUCUCAAUCUCUGAUAAUAACACUCCAGUGAUAAUUGUAAUGUAAAGUCAUGUCUGUGCGAGAUCGAUGCAUGCGGCUAUCAACGCCGGUGUUUGUAAUCUCGGAGGCGAAAAGGUAUCUUCGAGAACAGACGCAUGUCUUCCUUCGACCU